AUGCCUCCUCAAGACUUUACCAGAUCAGCGACUACCCAGACACAGACACCAUCCUCCAAUCCUGACAGUGUCUCCUUCGAUUCACAGACGCCCGUUGUGAGGAGAAAAAUAAGAAAGAUUUGCUCACUAGGAGCAGGCUACGUGGGAGGGCCAACAUGCGCCGUCAUAGCGAACAAAUGUCCCGACAUUCAAGUCACAGUGGCCGACUUGAACAGCCAGCGAAUCGCAGCCUGGAACACUGACCACCUCCCCAUCUACGAGCCCGGCCUCAUCGAGGUCCUCAAGCCCGCCCGUGAUGGCAUUGAUCGAACCCCGAAUCUCAUCUUCUCUGACAAAGUCAAAGAAUCCAUCGCAGCAGCAGACCUCAUCUUCCUCUGCGUUCCCACACCUACAAAAUCUACAGGCACGGGCGCCGGUCGAGCAGCGGACUUAGUCUUCGUCGAAAAAGCCGCACGCAUGAUUGCUGAGGUGGCUGAGGAUGACAAGAUCGUGGUGGAGAAAAGCACGGUGCCUUGUAAAACCGCGGACCGCAUCAGGGGGACCUUCUCGGCUAUGGGCAGGCCUGGAGUCCGGUUUGAUAUCUUGUCCAAUCCAGAGUUUCUGGCUGAGGGUACCGCAAUCAACGACCUGCUAGCGCCUGACAGGAUUUUGAUUGGAUCCCUCAAGACUGAGCAGGGACUCCAAGCAUGUGCUGCGUUGGCGGACGUCUACUCUAGAUGGGUGCCUCGAGAGCGGGUCAUUACCAUGAACCUAUGGUCGGCUGAAAUGGCUAAACUCGCCGCUAACGCUCUUCUGGCUCAGCGAAUCAGCAGCAUCAACGCCCUUAGUGCUGUUUGUGAAGCAACAGGUGCAGACAUUGACGAAGUCGCUUUCGCCGUCGGCUUAGACAAACGUAUUGGCUCUAAAAUGCUCAAGUCAUCCAUCGGCUUCGGAGGGUCCUGCUUUAAGAAGGACGUUCUUAAUCUCGUCUACAUUGCCGAGACCAUGCAUCUACCCGAAGUCGCUUCUUACUGGAACUCGGUGGUCGAAAUCAACGAGUACCAGAAGGACCGCUUCAUCAAGCGUAUCGUCGCUUGCUUGUUCCAAACACUCACGAAUAAGAAAGUUGCCAUCCUUGGAUACGCUUACAAGAAAGACACGGGCGACACGAGAGAAAGUGCCGCUAUCAGUAUCGUCAAUCAUCUGAUCGUUGAGAACGCCGAGGUCACCAUCUACGAUCCCAAAGUCGAAGAGAGCGCCAUUUGGGAAAGUCUGUCAUAUGGCAGUGACAAAUUCGACAAGAUCAAGAAACGAACCACGGUCUGCAAAACCGCGUACGAGGCUUGCGAAGACGCCGAUGCCGUCGUCAUUGCCACGGAAUGGGAUGAGUUCAGCAACAAGACCGUCAAACCUCCCACCGUCACCCAGAGCAACCCCACCACAAUCGGCCACAGUAUCGCCAAGCGAGCUUCAAGUUCAUCUCAAGACUCCGAAACAGCCUCCUCACCCAACGGCAUCAGCUCCAAAUCUUCCCUCGCAGACCUGAGCUCUCGAACCUCAGUCGCCGACGAAGACGAAACAGCUGUCAAAGGUACCGCUCCACUCGUCAGCAUCCGCGAGCAUGUCGCUACUAUUGAGCAGAGUCAAUCGAAUGGCCGCCUGGAUUGGAGCCAUGUCGCUAGGGUGAUGAGGAAGCCUAUGUAUGUGUUUGAUGGGAGGAACGUAGUUGAUACGGCAAAGUUGGGGAGGUUGGGUUUCAGAGUCGAGGGGAUCGGAAAGGCGGGGACGGGGACUUUGUAA